UUAAGUUCUCUUAUGUUUAAGUAAUGUAAUAAAAUUUUCCAAACAGUGUUGUUAUUCAAUUUAAUUACAUGAGUAUACUUAAGUUAAUUUGUGAUGAAUUGUUGUGAAUUAAAAAAUCAAAUACGUGUUCAGAUGUGUCGAUACAACAAACAAAAGAUAUCUUCCUCGCAUAAAAUCAAACAAUAGACCGCUAGUUUUGAUUUGUCGUCGACAGCUGUCCGACAUACUUUACGUUUGCAUCGAACAAAUAUCGUUUUACGAUACUGUGGAAAUGUGAUUUUUAAAACAAUCUGCAUUCGUAGAAAAAUCAGUAAAAAUAUACUACAUUUUUAAAAUAAAAAUAAACAGUGAAAAUACUAUUUCAAAAAUGGAUAAAGAAAAACAAACUAUCAAAGAAGAUGCGGCGGAGGAAACGCUUGUUAAAUCAACAGAUGAAAUAGAUUUAAAUGUAAUGACACGGAAACAGAAAAUGCAAUAUCUAAAAUCUAAUAUAACAGUUGAACCAAUACUAACGCUAUUUAUGGUGCCAAGUGUACUUUCAUUGUUGGCAGCACAAAACCUUUAUAUUGAUAAAGCAUGUCGUGUGAACUUGGAAUAUGGAGACGAAGUAUGCCUGGACUUGAGACUUCGGAAAACAGCAAAUCACACGAUCGAGGAGUUAGGAGUACAAAAACUAAUAGCAUCUGUUCAAGCUUGGAGGAGUGUUAUCUACACGAUCGUACCUACUGUGUUAAUGCUCUUCGUUGGUGCUUGGAGUGAUAAAACGGGAAGAAGGAAGAUCUGCAUGCUGAUGCCGAUUUUUGCAGAGUUCAUGACUUGUAUGAUCAAUUUAAUGAACACGUAUUUCUUUUAUGAAAUCUCUGUAGAAUGGACUGUGAUUUUAGAUAUUCUUUUUCCGUCGCUAACGGGCGGUUGGUAUACUAUGUUCCUAGGUACUUUUAGUUAUUUAUGUGACAUAACGUCUAAAGAGACGAGGACAUUCCGCUUGGGUAUUCUAAGUCUAUGUUUAACGAUAGGUUUCCCUAUCGGUAUGGGAUUCAGUGGUGUUCUACUAAAAUAUCUUGGAUUCUACGGUGUGUUUAGUAUUGCCGGUGGAAUACAUCUGUUCAAUUUUUGUUAUCUUUACUUUAAUAUAGAAGAUCAUACUUGGCUUGAAGAUAAGGACAAGAAAAGGCGCAGAGGAUUUUUUGGAUUUCUUUCUGAGUUCUUUGAUUUCAAUAGUCUCAAAGAAACUAUGGGAAUUGUGUUUAAGAAGGGAAGAAAUAAUCGACGACUUCAGCUCUGUCUCAUCCUCACCUGCGUUUGUUUACAUUUUGGUCCACUGAUGGGUGAAUUAAGUGUGAUGUACAUUUUCGUCCGUUAUCGUUUCAACUGGGAUGAAAUGAAGUACAGUAUAUAUUCUACUUACAGUCUCAUUAUGCAUUUAAUAGGUACGGUCUUCUCGAUAAGUAUAUUCAGCAAGAAAAUGAAAGCCCACGAUUCAGUUUUGGGAAUCAUCUCGGCGUCAAGCAAGAUCGCUGGGGCCCUGGUUUUAACUUUCGCUGUCAAAGAUUAUCAGGCUUAUUUGUGUCCAUUAGUCGAAGUUUUGAAUGGUACCGCAGCUAUAGCUCUGAGAUCAUUGUCUUCUAAGCUCGUCUCCUAUCAAGAAUUAGGUAAAUUAAAUUCAUUGUUUGGUAUGGUUGAAACGAUCAUGCCAUUGAUAUAUGCACCGAUAUAUACAAAAGUGUAUGUAGCGUCACUGCACAUUUUACCUGGGACUGUGUUCUUACUGAGUAUAGCAUCUACGAUACCAGUGUUGGUUAUAUUCAGUUGGUUUUAUUAUGAACAUCGAAAGAGUGUGAAAGAAAAAGAGAUGCAGAUUGUAAGAAAACCUGAAGAAUCUCAUGAAAAGGAUGAAAACGAUGAUAUGCUUGAGAAGAAAUCUCAAGUAGAAUGUUUGCUCCAUGAAGUUAAAUCAACAGAACAAACCAAUGGUUCUAAAAAUGGUCAAGAAAAUAAAAAAAUAUAAUUAAAAAUACAUGCUAUUUUUUUAGUUCCUAGCUUUUAGGUUUAAUUUGCGAAAAGUAUAUUAUGUUCCAAUAUUGCUAAACAUAUAUCCAGAUAUUAACUGAUUUAAAAUAUAUAUUUUGCAUACUUUCGUCAAAUUGUUACUUACUAUAAUGACA